AUGGAGAGAACGACUGUCCUUCCCCCGGGUAUCGCUCCUCCCUUGACGGAAGAUAAUGAUCAUAAUCAUAAUGCCUUGAUUGUUAUCAUUGCCUCGUUUUCCAUGUUCCUCGCUGUUGCGUCUCUCGCCAUCCGGAUAUACGCCUCCCAGAGUAGGGGGGCUGUUCUGGAAGAUGAUUAUGUUUUACUCUUAGUAGUGAUCAUUGCAUGUACCCAGGUCUCAGCGGCUUUGACCCAAGUGCACUAUGGCUGGGGCAAAUCAAAGAAUUUGAUCUCUACCGAUGACUACCAACAGAUGAUGAAGUAUCCCCGCUGGCAAACCGUCUGCGCUCUCGAUAUUAUUCUGGAAAUUGCUAUCCUCGCUUAUCCCGUCAAAAUUAUCUAUAAUGUCCAAAUUGCGCUUAUUCCUCUUUCCGCUAUCCACCUCAUCUAUAUCAAUACGCAAACCGCUUCCUCGAACCCAUCUCUCGAUGGCGCCUACGCCACCACAGUGGCAGAACUACAUAUCGGCCUUAGCGUAGUCCUACUCACGAUAUCGUCUUUGAAGGUUUUUGUGGCCGCCUAUGAAGACGACCAAGGUUUCGCAUAUACCGAUGAUGGCUCCAAGUCGCAUAGUCAGAGUGGAAGGACGACGAGACCGGGAACGUGGCGGGCUUCGCGCCCAGCGAAGGAUCCCAUGUUGAGUACCCCUGCAUGGGACGAGGAGCCGAUCCUGCGGUCCUCGGUUCCAUCUUCAAGGGGCCAUGACCUGGGAAUCUUUGGUGUUGGGACGAUUGUAAAGAGUGUACAAUAUUCGGUGACGAGGGAGAGUAUUGAGUUAGAGGAUCGAGGGGCUAAUGCGGCGCGAAUAUUUGGUUUUCAGGCGUGGACUAUCGCAAAUUGCAUCCCAGACGUCUGGGGCAUGUUCUGUUUUGAUCGGACAUUGAGCAUUAUCAAGGUAAGGAAUGUCGGAUUAUAUAACUACGGAGUACGGCGAGUAACUAUACAUGACGUGGUCGUAAUUGCGGAGCAGCUACGCGCCCGCCGCCCUGUGUCAGAUGGGAAUCAGAGGAACAACCUCCGGCACAAGUCACAGACAACGCAUACUACCAUCGUUAUGGCCUCAGGAAAACCGUAUGGGUCCACUGGCGGAAUUCAGAACGGCCAUUACCAUGGAGCAGCCACAGAACAAUUUCGUCUGCCUAAGAGACAUAAGGUCUUCCAUUCUGACAGUUUGCUUAUCCCACGACACGAUCAGUACACCAUUGCAUGGAUCUGCGCGCUUCACAUAGAGAUGGCAGCCGCUCAGGCCAUGCUAGAUAAUAUACUUGAACCUCUGCCAACACACGUCGAUGACAUGAACACGUACGUGCUCGGAGGUAUCAAACAACAUAAAGUUGUCAUUGUGUGUUUACCAGCAGAGGAGUAUGGAACAAACAACGCUGUCAAAGUAAUAACAAAUCUGAAGCUUACUUUCUCAGCAAUCCGUGUCAGCUUGAUGGUGGGUAUUGGUGGAGGUGUGCCAAGCAAGUCUGAUGUUCGUCUAGGUGAUAUUGUCGUCGGAACAAGAGUGAUGCAGUAUGACCUUGGGAAAAUCGUUGGAGACGAGAAGUUCCAGCGAACGGCAAUACCUCGGACUCCUGACCUGUUGCUUGGGACAGCCGUCUCUGCUCUUCGGUCAAAAAACGAACUAGGCCUUAGUCUAAUACCAUCUAUUCUACAACAAAGAUUCCAGACACACACCGAGUAUAGUUGCCCAAGCUCACCAGACCAUCUUUUCUUGGCAAAGGGGAUCUGUAACUAUUCUGAUUCCCACAAGACCAAAGAGUGGAAAAGAUAUGCCGCAGCAACUGCGGCCGCGUAUGCGAAAGAACUGAUCGAGGAGCUACCGGUGACCGAAACCCAUGUCAAAAUUAACGGGAUAUACAACGUUCAUCAACGUUCGUCCUGCGAACGUGGGGAGUGCUUGCUAGAAUCUCUGAGAUUCGAGCAAAUGGACACCCGAAAAUUAACCACCAAAGUAGCGUACGCAAGGACAUGUCGGUGGCUUCUCAGUCACCCAGAGUACAAAAAAUGGCUUGAUCCCGAAAAUUUGACCGAACACCACGAGCUUUUAUGGAUCAGUGCAACCUAUAUUGCAAACCGUCUCAGGGUUGGGGACCGUGCACUUAGGGAAGAGCUACAGUCCAAACUUCUCACUAAAGCUGCUGGCGUUUUUAGCGUUUUUAUGUGGGUCGUCUUGGUUGUUGAUAUUGUCAGCACUGAGUACCGACGGGUUGGAAUGUUUCUGAGAAAGAGGCUCGCAGAAAUACGGAGUGACUUGAGUGAGCUGUUCAAAGAUAUAUUGAAACGUGACAACGAGAAUAUUGAGUCUUUUCUGCUUUGCAUCCUCUGGAUUCUCUACGCAAAACGGCCCUUGCAGCCAAAGGAAUUUUAUCAUGCCCUAUGGUCUGGUCUAUCGCUUCUGGACCUGGUCGAUGACCAAAUUCCAGAUCUCAACGCCUCUGAUGCUAGUGACAGUAAGUUUAAUCGGUAUGUCAUUAGUGCCUCGAAAGGAUUGGCUGACGUCACGAAAUCCAACAAGCAAUCAACAGUUCAAUUCAUCCAUGAAUACGUGAAAGACUUUCUCACCAAGGAUAAAGGACUGUACGAAUUAUGGCCGGAACUUGAUUUCGACUGCGAGAGUCCAAGCCAUGAGAAGCUUUCCCAGUGUUGCAACCAUUACCUAAUCAAGACAGAAUUAUCAAACGAAAUCUCGUUCUUGGAAUAUGCCAAUUCAUACAUUCUGUAUCAUGCCAAUGCUGCUGCAAAUACAUUCCCCCAAGAUAAGGUUCUAUCUUCUUUUCCCAUUUCCGACUGGAUUAUUGUCGACAACGUUUUCGAAAAGUUUAAGAUUCGGAGAUAUACAUUAGACGCAAGCCUUCUAUACGUUCUCGCAGAAAAGGGAUUCUCCAGGCUCAUUCGUACAAGGAUCAAAGAGGAUCCAGAGGUCCAUGUGCAUGGAGAAAGGUAUCAAUACCCGCUGUUUGCCGCUUUAGCCAACGGUAAUAAGGACACCGUCGCUGCUAUUUUGAGUUCGUCGUCAACCAUCCUCGACGGAGUUGAUAUUACAGAGGGACUCAACUUCAAGAAAGACUUCAGGGAUUACGAAAAUAGGAUCCCGUUAUCCUGGGCUGAACAAAGUGGUCGGGCAGGCAUUGUUAAACUACUUCUCCGAACGAAAACAGCCGUUAAUCACUUAGAUAUGGGAGGUCGUACAUCGAUUUCUCGGGCCUCGGAAUUUGGCCAUGAAACUGUAUCGCGGCUUCUUGUCGAUAAUGGAGCAGAUGUCAACAUCAGCGACAAAGACAGGCAGCACCCCUUCACCAAGCAUCCGGGAAUGGUCAUAAGAACCUAA